GCAGCCCGGCGUACAGCCCGCCUCCGAGGGUCGAGUCCCAGUCGUCAUUCGGCGAGCAAACGGAACCGGUGGACUUUUCAAACAACUCACCGGUCGACUUCAGCCUCGGGCGCGCCAUGGAGUGUGUCACACACAAUCAGGUGAUGUAUUCAAGAGACGACUACGCGGCGGCUACGUCACAACAGCAGCAGAUGACGCAACAGCCACAAGACCACCAACAACAGCAGCAGCAGCAUCAACAACAGCAACACCAACAACACCAACAGGCCCAACAGCAACAACAGCAACAACAACAGCAGCAGCCGCCGCAGCCGCAGGCACCACCAGUGAGCUCCAGUCACCUCUCUGUGGCGAGCGACGCGCAGGGUGCCCAGGACCCGACGGUCGUCGCCGCGGCGGCCGCCGCCGCUGCGUCUCAACCGACGUACCAAGAGACGCUCGAGUACACCGACUCACAGACCGUCCUGUACCGCGGUACGCUCACUCCAACAUACUCGACCUCGCUGACCUACCACCGACCAACAUACGACGCUAGCGCCACUUACAACGGCGCCGCGUACCAGAGUUUCGGGUACGGCGCGGCCGACUACGGCGCGGCGUACUCGGCCAACUACGCUCCGGCGACGGCGUACUCGCCGUACUCUGUGCCGUACUCCGUGGGUACGGCCGGCAAGCCGCUGACGCCCGCCGGAGCCGACACGCUGCAGCGAGACCUGUCCACCCCGUUCACGUACACGCGCCCUCGCGGCAGGGACGGCCGUGAACUCAUCUCCUGUCCUACGCCCGGCUGUGACGGCAUGGGCCAUGCUACUGGAAACUACGCCACGCAUAGGAGUUUGUCCGGAUGUCCGCGAGCCAACAAGCCCAAGGGACGCCGGGACGGCCAGGACAGCGAGCCUCUGAGGUGUCCGGUACCCGGCUGUGACGGAUCAGGUCACGUGACUGGCAAGUUCCUCAGUCACCGCAGCGCGUCUGGCUGCCCGGUGGCCAACCGCAACAAACGCUCUCUGGACGCAUCGGGCGCCUCCGACCGCUCCUACUCCAGUCUGGGGAUGAUCAACUCCAUCUCAAUGGGCUCCUACAUGGGCGGAGCAGGGUUCGGAUCACCCUACAUGGGCGGCUCCUACCCGCCUGCUAUCACAGCCAGCACGAAAAAGACCUCAGGAGAUGGUUCCGGGCGACGGGGCUCGUCUGCGGCUCAGAGUGGCGAGGCGGCGGCUGCCGGCGCGACCGCCCGCCCCGGAGGAGACACCACCAAACUGUCGGCGACGGCCGCCGACGGCACGGGGCUCUCCGUCACGGCCACCCAAAUCAAAGACAACCGGGUGGCCGACCCGGCUGCCCCGGUCGGCCAGGGCGGCACGGCGCUCAACGACUACUACGACUCCUUCCGGACCAACAUGAUCUCCUUGCUAGAGCACGUGAAGGCCCCCAGCUCCGCCGAGCGGCUGGCGCCCCCCGGCUUCGACUCGUACUUCACACGGCUUCACGGAAUGUAUGGCGACGGUGGCGCCACUGAGGAGUACCGGCCGAUUUAUGAAACUAUGAAGGCGGCCAUCCAUGACUUUACGGUGAUGCCGACCCCUAUCUAGGCUAGCGGAGGUACUGGUGACGUGUGUGCUGCUCGUGAGUGUGUGGUGCGUGCGCUGGUGCCGAUUCUGCGGCACCAGGUGAGUUUGGUGCUACUGUUUAUGUUUGUUUGAACGGUGCGUGAGGAGGAUGUUUGAAAUGCUUGUUCAGUUGCUGUUGAUCCAGAAUUAUAGAGGGUGUCGCGAGACGGCUGGAGGAUCCCAGCUGAGGCGAAUGAUAAGAGCUGUUUUGGAACCAACCACCGAAUGAUAAUGUGAAAGCACGCUUAAGCAGCUAGGUACCCAUCAGAAUUUCCACGAAAGACCUUGUAGAUUCUGCCGAGAUAUGAGUGGCAAAUCAAAUUCGGGGCCUCAUGUUGGCUGACGGUCUGUCAGUUUCAUGGUUUCAGGCAGGAGGAAAGCUAUAAAUGCUCCAACACAGUAUAAGUUGGUGCAGAACACGCCAAUUUGACACAGGGCAUCGCUUUUCCGAGACUGCCCAACAGAUGUCAGAGUGUGAUCCUUGCCCAAAGCUCUACCUAUCUUGAAGUCAGCGACCCCUCAAUAUGUGUGCUGGUGUAGGUGUGGCUCUGCUGUUGACUGAAUGGUUGAAAUGCCUGUACAUAUUGUAAUCAUACCUCUAUAUUAUAUGUUGAAUCGAUGUUUUGUAUAGCCAA